AUGCUAUCCCAUCAAAAACCUACCAUUGCCAUCGUAGGCGGCGGUCUAGCUGGGCUGACUCUAUCAAUCGGGCUGACGAGGAAAGGUAUUCCUCACACGAUUUACGAGUCGGCGGCUAAGUUUGCGGAGAUUGGAGCUGGAAUCGCUCUUGGACCGAAUAGUAUCACAGCUUUGGAACUUAUUGAUCCGAGAAUCAAGGACGUUUUGAAAAAAUGUGUGAGCUAUAACGAGGGUUUGGAUGGGCAGGGUGAGGGAGUGGGGGCAGAUGAGUGGUUGGAUAUUAGGAUUGGAGAGGAGCAGGACUUUAACUCAAUAAUCACAACUAUACGACACACUGGAUCAGACAAACCAGGUCGAGCAUGUGUCCACCGUGCCAAAUUUCUGGAAGGUCUCAUAGACCUAAUCCCACCAUCCACCGCCGUCUUUGGCAAAAGUCUAACAUCAAUCACCGAAGUUCCAUCGACUGGAAAACUCUCCCUCAGCUUCGCCGAUGGAACCAGCGCUACCGCCGAUGCCAUCAUCGCUUGCGAUGGAAUCAAAUCAGUCGCUCGUCAGAACUACGUUCUUACCGGCCCCAUUGAUCAAAAAAUCUCCCGGCCUGUCUUCACCAACGACGUCGCUUAUCGUGGCAUGUUUCCUCGUGAUCGGUUCAGUCAAAUCGUGGAUGGUGCUAUUAGCACUGGUAAAGGCAACUUAUUCUGUGGACCGUCGAGUUACGUGGUGAUGUAUCCUGUUGAGAAAGGCGCCAUGAUGAACGUCGUAGCGAUCAAAAAUAUCUCUUCCCAGAAAUCCCAGGCGACUUCGUCACAGCGCGAGACGAAUUGGGUACAAAAUGUCACGCAGGAGACUAUGCUCGAGGAUUUUGAGGGCUGGGGAGCGCCGAUUAAGGCGUUACUGAAGAAUAUCGAAUCGCCACAGCGAUGGGCACUUUAUGAUCAUCUUCCCGCGUCAACGUUCGUGAAAGGACGAGUGGCGUUGAUGGGAGAUGCUGCACAUGCUACGACUCCACAUCAAGGACAGGGCGCUGGAAUGGCUUUUGAGGAUUCUCUCGUUCUGAGUAACAUCUUGGGACAGGUGUUGAACGAGGCACCCACUCAGGAAUCUGAAGUUCAAGAAACGGUUCACAUGAAUAAGUGUAUCGAGUCGUGCCUGCAGGCUUAUGAUGAAGUAAGACGGCUACGAACACAGAAAGUCACGGCUACAAGUAGGGAAAUGGGAGAGAUUAUUGGAUUCGCGGGGAAGGGAAUAGGGAGGGAUUUGGGGAAGUUGAAAGCCAAUCUUGAUGUGAGGAUGAAUUGGAUUUGGGAUGUGGAUUUGCCUGGGGAGAUAACCAGAGGUGUUGUAAUCGCGAGGAAACUUAAUAGUUCGGUAUAA